UAUUUAGCGGAACUUUGUCUUAGGACACAUGUUGUUGUUCAUGUGGUCGGACGGACAUGGCGGUGAGAACAGAGUGAUAGCUCUUGCUUCUUUCAUCUUUGCAACAAAGAUCGUCUAUGGAGCGUCGUGUCGCCAGGCAACGCAGCAACGAUCCCGGCGAACAUCCCGGUCCGCUUCCCUGCGGUUCCCUGGACAACACAGACACAAAUCAACGGGAGAAACAGCCGGAGAUAAUCGACACGAUGGUUCCCUCUCUCCCUUAUCUGGACAAACUGGAUCCUCGGCUGAAGCUCCAGGUGGAGCAGAGGCUCAGGAAUGUUUUCGUGACGCAGCCGGACGAUAUUCGAAACAGGAGCGAGGACGAUGUUGUCCACAUCCCAGUGGUCGCUCAGCUACCAGGCAGAGUUCUGGAGGCGGGCGUUCACACCCUCAAGAGGACUUUAAUUCUGAAGAAGCAGUCGGAGGUGGACGAAGUAAACGCGCUGCUGAGCGUCAGAAGACAAGAGUUCAACGAUCGCCUUCAAGUUCUGGUCGAGAGACGCGCUGAGGUGGAGGUUCAGCUCCAGGAGACUCAAGAGAGGGCCCGGAAGUUCCUCAGGUUCGUGGCAGAGAACGAGGCAAAGAGGCUGAGAGCCGUCGAGAAGUACGAGGCUGCGCAGGCGCAGAACUCGCUCCGGCAGGGCGAGAUUGAAGCGCUGACGAAGCAGCUGCGACACCUACAGGCCAGGAAGAGCAAACUGAUGGAGAGAAUGUCAAGGUACAAAAUCUAUGAGGACUAUCUGAUGAGGACGGUGGAUCUUCUGCCCAGUGCUCACCUGGACGCCGACUCGGACGACCCGGUGAGGCCCAUCAUCCGCCGCCACGAGACGCUGUCCAUCACGCACCAGGAGCUGCGGCGGGGUCUGGAGCGUCUGGAGGUGGAGGCGGAGCUCAGCCAACGGCAGCUGCAGGCCAUGAAGCAGCAGCACGUCGUCAGAACACUGAGGGUCAACAAAGAACUGUCAGAGCUCCAGAGUGAACUUGAGAGCCUGCAAGAGAUGAACAAACAGGCGGAGGGAGACCUGCUGAUCGAGGGAGGACAGUCCCGAAGGAAGGUGGAGGCAUCUGGAAGUCUGCUUCUCGCCGCCACCAACCUUGCCGAGCAGUGUUCCCUGCCUGCGUUUGGACCUUUGCAGAACAUGGCGGUGCCAACCAUGAUGGAUAUGGUCAAGGAGUUCAUCCUUGACACCAGAGACACAGAGAAGAGGGCGAGGAGGCUGAUGGCGUCGGCCUCCGCCACCACCAGCAGUAGGGCGGGUCUGGCAGACAAGAGGACGUCCGUGAAGAGCAUCAGCAGCAGGACGCUCAGCAAAAGCCCCAGUAAGGUCAGCAAGAGGAGCGACGCCUCGAGCCGCCUGCCUCAGGACGACAGCGACAUCAGCAAUAAACUUCAUCACUGA